AUGAUAAAUAAUCAUCAACAACAAAAUUCCAUACCACUAUUAGAAUCUGAUCAUCAAAGAAGAUCAUCAGUUGAUAAUGGUGAAGUACACAUUUCGGAAUCAACCUAUUAUACACAAAUGAUACAAUUAGAUGAUCAAAAUCAACAUCAACAAGAUGAAUUAAAAUCAUCAGAUUUAAUGAGUUUAUCAAGUACAUUACCUGAUAUUAAUCAAAAUCAAAAUCAAAAAUUAACAAGAAAACAAUUAAUAUUUAAAUAUUUAAAUUUAAUUAAAAGAUUUACAUUUGGUAAUAGAAGAUUAAAAUCCUAUAUAAUGACAUGUGCUAAAUUCUUUAGUAUUACAUUUACACAAGCUAAUAAUUUAUUUGAAUUAGAUAAAACAAAUACAGAUGUAGCACUUAUAAAAAGUAUUGAAAUAAUAUCAUAUACAUUUAUGGCAUUAUUAUUAUUAUCAUUUACAGAAAGAUAUAUUAGGGAAUGUUAUUGUGCAGCUAAACAAAUUAAUUUAAAUGUUAUUAUUAAUUAUAUUGAAGCUGGUAUUUUCUUUUUAUAUUUUGCAUUUUCAAGUGUUACAGCUAUUAUUCAUUUAGUUUUUAUUGGUAGGGCUGCAAAUGAUCCAAUUAAACCAUAUGAUUCUACUAAAAUUGGUUUGGGUAUUUUUGCUAUUUUAAUUAAUUAUUAUAUUAUUAUGGAAAAGGCUUGGAUUUAUUUUAAGGCUUCAAAGGCUUCUGUUAGUUUAUAUUUAGCUAAAGGUACUCCCAUUCCAAAUCCAAAUUCAAAACAUUUUAAAAAAAAAUAA